UCGAAGCACGCGUCCCGUGCGGUACGGCUGACGCCAGUUCCUGGGCGUGGCUUAUAUCAGCGUUCCUCAACUCUUUCCUCAGGCUGCGAGAGUGUGAGGCUGACGCUGUGGAUCGUGGACCGGAGGAAAGACAUGUAUCAGUUAUGCGCCACAGGAGCCAGAGAUCCACUCAGUAACGAGGCCGGUAAACUGUCAUGAUUCCCAUCACUGAGUUGCGAUACUUUGCUGAUACACAGCCGGCGUAUCGGAUUCUGAAACCAUGGUGGGACGUGUUCACAGACUACAUCUCCAUCGUCAUGCUGAUGAUCGCGGUGUUCGGUGGCACGCUGCAGGUCACGCAGGACAAAAUGAUUUGCCUGCCGUGCAAAUGGGUCGUCAACCAGACCUGCGAACAACUCAACGUCAGCGUGCCGCUCAACACCGAGCCCAAGGGCAUCCAGUACGACCUCGACCGACACCAGUACAACUACGUGGACGCUGUGUGUUACGAAAACAAGCUGCACUGGUUCGCAAAGUACUUCCCGUACCUGGUGCUGCUGCACACGCUGAUCUUUCUAGCUUGUAGUAACUUCUGGUUUAAGUUUCCGCGGACCAGUUCGAAGCUGGAGCAUUUCGUGUCGAUCCUGCUGAAGUGUUUCGACUCGCCGUGGACGACUCGCGCACUUUCUGAGACUGUGGUGGAGGAGAGUGACCCGAAGCCAGCGGGGAAGAUGAACGGUUCAAUGGAUAAGAAAACCUCCAGCAUCAGCGACCACGAUGUGGAGGCAAGCGUUCCCAUGCUGCAGAGGACCAAGUCCCGCAUCGAGCAGGGCAUCGUGGACCGUUCAGAGACGGGUGUCCUGGAUAAGAAGGAAGGCGAGCAGGCCAAAGCGCUGUUUGAGAAGGUGAAGAAGUUCCGUAUCCACGUGGAGGAGGGUGACAUUGUUCACCGUCUUUACAUUCGUCAAAUCAUCAUCAAAGUCAUCCAGUUCAUCAUCAUCAUCUGCUACACCAUGUACUAUGUGCACCACAUCAAGUUCAGCGUGCCGUGCACCGUGGACAUCGAGCGGCUGACCGGUUAUCGCACGUACCACUGCGCCCAUCCUCUGGCCACGCUCUUUAAGAUCUUGGCCUGCUUCUACAUCAGCCUGGUGGUGGUUUACGGCCUCAUCUGCAUGUACACGCUGUACUGGAUCAUCAGCCGCUCGCUAAAGCGCUACUCCUUCGAGUCCAUCCGCGAGGAGAGCAGCUACAGCGACAUCCCCGAUGUCAAGAACGACUUUGCCUUCAUGCUGCACAUGAUCGAUCAGUACGACCCGCUGUACUCCAAGCGCUUCGCCGUCUUCCUGUCAGAGGUCAGCGAGAACAAACUGCGGCAGCUGAACCUGAAUAACGAAUGGACUCUGGAGAAACUCAGACAGAGGAUAACCAAAAACUCACAGGAGAAGCUGGAGCUGCACCUCUUCAUGCUGAGCGGCAUCCCGGACACAGUGUUCGACCUGGUCGAGCUGGAGGUGCUGAAAUUGGAGCUGAUCCCUGAUGUUACGAUCCCACCCAUAAUCGCACAGCUGUGUAACCUGAGGGAGAUGUGGCUUUACCACACGCCGGCCAAAAUCGAGGCUCCUGCUCUGGCCUUCCUCCGCGAGAACCUCAAAUCACUACACAUAAAGUUCACAGACAUUAAGGAGAUCCCACUGUGGAUCUACAGCCUCAAGAACCUCAGUGAGCUUCAUCUGACUGGAAAUCUCAGCGCGGAUAACAACCGAUUCAUCGUCAUCGACGGCCUGCGGGAGCUCAAGAGGCUCAAGGUCCUGCGGCUGAAGAGCAACCUCACUAAACUGCCUCAGGUGGUGACAGAUGUUGGCGUUCACCUGCAGAAGCUCUCCAUCAAUAACGAAGGGACAAAACUGAUGGUUCUUAACAGUCUGAAGAAGAUGGUGAACCUGACGGAGCUAGAGCUGUUGCGCUGUGAUCUAGAGCGGAUCCCGCACUCCAUAUUCAGCCUACACAAUCUACAGGAGAUCGAUCUGAAAGACAACAACUUAAAGACCAUCGAGGAGAUCAUCAGCUUCCAGCAUCUCCACAGACUGGUGUGCCUCAAGCUCUGGUACAACCAGAUCGCCUACAUCCCCAUCCAGAUCGGCACCCUCACCAACCUGGAGCGCCUCUACCUGAACAGGAACAAGAUCGAGAAGAUUCCUGCCCAGCUCUUCUUCUGCAGGAAGCUGCGUUACCUGGACCUCAGCCACAACAACCUGACCAGCAUCCCUGCGGACAUCGGCUUCCUGCAGAACCUGCAGUACUUUGCAGUGACGGCCAACAGAAUCGAGGCGCUGCCACCCGAGUUGUUCCAGUGUAAGAAGCUGCGGACGCUGAAUCUGGGAAAUAACUGCCUUACGGUGCUGCCGUCACGUUUCGGAGAGUUAACCGGCCUCAUGCAGCUGGAGCUCCGUGGAAACCGGCUGGAGGGAUUACCAGUGGAGCUCUCCGAGUGUCGCCUUCUCAAGCGCUCCGGGCUGAUCGUAGAAGAGGACCUCUUCAACACCCUACCACCGGAGGUCAAGGAGCAGCUGUGGAGAACCGAAAAAGAACAAGCCUGAGCGAGACAGAGGAACUCUUAAAGGCAUAGUCCACCCAAAAACGAACAUCUGCUGAAAAUGUACUCUCCCUCAGGCCAUCCAAGAUGUAGAUGAGUUUGUUUCUUCAUCAGAUUCGGAGAAAUGAAGCAUUGCAUUACUUGUUCAGCAAUGGAUCCUCUGCAGUGAAUGGGUGCCGUCAGAAUGAGAGUCCAAACAGCUGAUAAAGACAUCACAAGUAAUCCACACCACUCCAGUCCAUCAGUUAACUUAAUACAUUUUUGCUUGUAAACCGUGCUUGAUCUGUGCACAUUUCUCUCCUAAUUCAGAUGAGAUGACGUUUGGAGAAAGCAAUAUUAUGGAUUAUGCACUUAUAUUUUAGCCAAAAGCAACGCUUCUCAAGAUGUUAACUGAUGGACUGGAGUGGUGUGGAUUACGUGUGCAUUAUUGUGAUGUGUUAAUCAGCUGUUUGGACUCUCAUUCUGACGGCACCCAUUCAUUGCAGAGCAUCCAUUGGUGAGCGAGUGAUGGAAUGCUACACUUCUCCAAAUCUGAUGGAGAAACAAACUCAUCUACAUCUUUGAUAUGCUGACGGUGAGAAAUUUUUCAAACAAUUUUCAUUUUUGUGUAAACUAUAAUAGUCGUUCUGCUUUCAAUUCAUUUUUUAAAAAUAGUUUUAAUUAUUUUUAUUUGGGCGAUAACGUUUCUUCUCUGUAUGAAGGGAAGUUGUGGACAGUACAGUGCCAUCUGUGCUUAGAAACAUACACUGACACAUACACGCGAGAAACGUACUCGCUCAAACACGUUCUCAUACACAAGCACACUUUUUUGCAAGGUCAAGUCAUUUGUGUACUGCCCCCUACAGGCACGGAGGGGCAUGCAUAUAAACGACGACUACAUGGUUAACAUGUGAAUGCGAGUGCCUAUGUUAAAGCAGUGGCAUUAUUGGAAUGAAUAGAUAUAACAAGCAAUAUGUGGUUUGUGCAUUAUUUACUUAGCGGCUGCGUCCAAUCAGGGAAGAGUCGACUGUUUAUGAAUGUGCCAGCUGAGUUAUCGAAUAUGUAAAAUGUACAUUUUAAUGCCAAUACCUACAGAAUUAAAUGCCAAAAAGGUCAUAUACAAAAUCUACUACUUAUAUAUGCUUUUAAAGACUAUGAAUAUGAUGCCACAAAUGUCUUGCUGAAAUCUUACACUCCACAGACUCUACACAAAGAUGAACUCAAACACUCGAAAGAACAAACUUGUACCAUUUUGGACGGACUGGCAUUUGGACCAUGUGACCUGCACGUCGCAUCCCAUUGGUCGACUUCUGAUAGGGAGUGAUGACGUCAUCAUAAUGACUUUUGUAGCAAUGUUCCCACACUAUCAUGGCCUUAACUCUCUCUGAGCUGUAUGCUGGAGCUCAUCUCAAAGAUAAAGUGUACAUUUUGCAUUUAUAAGUUUUAUAAUUUUACAAAAAAAAAGAGAGAAAGAACAAAAAGAAAGCACGGACUCAUGCAAACUGUUCAUGUGUUUGCAAGAAAAACAAUCCUAUGCGUUAAUGUAUCUUUUUUAUAUGUAUGUGUUCAUUCAUAUGAUUUUAUUUUAUGAUUUUUAUUUGAACUUUUCUUUUUGUUCGGAAGAUUGCCUAAUGUACACAGUAUGGCUUUAAACAAAACCAAGUAAAGACUUCUGAUAAACAUUCAAA